UUGAGGAAAUUAUUGGAGACAUUGUAAAACUCUUUCCAUGCUAUAGUGAGCCCAAAAAUCUUGACAAGUUGAAAAUGCCAUUAAUGGAUCGUGAUGUUACCCUGCCAGUUGCAACUAUAUCAAGGAAUGUUGAUAAUAACCUUAAGAACUCUAGGGCUAAAGCAGAUUAUUCCUUCCUUGUUAGUGGAGGAGCCCCAGGAAUAGGUAAAACGCGCUGGGGUGAAGAGCUGUUUGAUUAUAUCCAAAAUUAUUGGGUCCCCCCUGCAGAAUGGACUGUUGACAGCUGGCCACAUUUUGAAUACAUUUGCCUGGACUUUGGGAAUAGUAUUAAUCUCAAGGAUCAAGAUCACAAUCUGGAUCCAGCAGUGCUGAUUGGCUUGCAGGUUGCAUUCGCAUACUUCAUACAUGGCAAAUAUGAGAUGUCUUUUGGACAAUUUCGAAUGAGAGCCAGAUCUUGCAUUGAAAUGUUCAAUGUUGGUGAUGUCUUCACCAGCAUUCGAAGGAAGCUUUCUCUCCAAGACACACAGCAUUUGUUCAUAUUUCUUCAUAUUGAUGAAUUUCAGAUGAUUGACACAUGGAGCAGGAACUCUGAAAACUCAAUGAACUCACUUUUUAAGAACAUCAUCAGUGAACUAGCACAGUUUAUGCUUGGCCCUACAAAGACAACAUUUGUCCAGACCUUUCUCUCAGGAACAGCACCACAAGCUGUCAUUGCAACAAAGGAGGCAUCCAAGGUUUCUUUUGAAUUUGUCCCAUGUCCACUGUUGUCAACUGCAUCUAUGGUUCGGAUUGUGGAUCAUUAUGCAAGGAUUUUUGAUGCAGAAACUUUUGAGGAUGGUAAUAGUAAGUACAAAUGGAAACUCUGUCGACCACUUCUUUAUCUUCUGGAGGACACAGGAGGAUUGCCUCGGGCUCUUCAACAUCUCUUAGAUGUUUGCUUUCAUGUUGUCAGCACUGAUGGACAUAAAUUCUUUUGCACUAUCAAUGACCAUCCCUAUGACAAAAUUUUUGAGCAUACUAAGGUAAGAAUUCAGCAAUUGUAUAACAUCUACAAAGCUGUGGAGGACAAUAUAAAUAGGCAUCUUGCUUUAGAACUUGUACAUCAUUCCAUUGAGGGAGUCACUGUCACAGUCAAGCAAUGCCUAGAUCCGUAUGAUCAUCUCCGUACCAUUGAGAAUCUAGAAAGGGAUGCACAUAUCAUUCUCAGCAGGGACAACCACAAACCAGAUCAGUUUUUCAUCAAAAUGCCAUUCCUGUUUAUUUGCCUUUACAAUGACAUUUUGCGUAUUAUACCAGCACCACUUGAAAAGACAUUUUUUGACAACAUUUAUUGGCAAGAGUGGGAACUGUUUGUAGCACAUCAUGAGGCAUUUCGCACCAAUCUGUUCUAUGAACAUGGAAUACAGACAUUAUGUCUGCGUGACUUGUACCAUGGAGCAUAUGGGAAAGACUCUGUUUUGGAUAUUGUUGUGAAGCUAAAGAAACUAACUGUUUGCCUAGCUAAUGAGCAGUUCCCAUCUUCAAAGUUAACAAACAGGGCCAACAACCAAACCAUUGAGGAAACUAAUGAUGGCACUGUACUUCUAAUGGUUGCACAAGACAAAUGGAUGCAUAGUGCAGGGACAUACAAACUACACCAGGUCUUUGAAGAAAUCAUCAAGAAUAUCAAAGGCAUUCUAUACUCCCCUGAAAACAUUCUUUAUCACCUUGUUCAAUAUCAUCUGAUCACAGUAUUUUUCAUUACACAACCAUAUGAAGGUGAUCCUGGAGAAUUGCCAGAUGAUUGUCUCCUUAUUGCAAGAGACAAUUUUGAAAAAUAUUUUGGUUCUGUUUUUUCAGCACGUGCUGCCUUUGCAUUUUCCCAAAGUCUCAACCCUAAUUUUGCAGAGCCAAGAAGGAUGAGCACAGUUCUUCCUGGUAUUGGUGAACAAACUGCCAGAAGUAUUAUUUCAAAACGCCCAUAUUAUAAUAAGGAGGACUUCUACAAAAAGAAUUCAAGGAUUAGAAAAGAAUCUGCAGAACUCAGUUUUUAUCCAUUCGAUUUAGAAUAA